CCCACCUCUAGAUCUAAAUGAAAUUCCAUCAAAUUGUUUUUGCAGGUGAAGAAAAGCAAGAAUGGCGAGCGAUGUGGGCUCUAUACGCUUGCCAUGGCAUCAGCACAGAUUCGGGGAACAGUUCUGUCAACCAUUCCCCAACAUGAGCCGGCCGAAGUGCAUUGGAUGUUGCAGCAUUACCGGCAAUCGGGACUAUGCCGACGAUGCCAGGAACAGCAGCUAUUUGUUCGGACCACCGUUCCCGGAUCUGCCGCUGGACCUUAAUGCCGGCAUCGCCGAUGUCAUACGCAAGCAGGCGGGCCAUGAACAGAAGGAUUUGGAGUUUGUGCUCCGUUACAUAGAGCACCACAAGGCAGAGCUACUCCGACCAAGGAAAUCGCAGCCAGAGACACUGGGUCUACGCACUCACUUCGUCACGCUGCGCGGCAUUCUCCGGCAGAUAAUGUGCAUGCAGUACGGACGGAACUGUGAGUUCCGCAUCAAUGCAACACUCCUGAACGGCACCAUAUACAUGGCCAAGGAGGAGACAGAAACUCAAAAAGUACGGAAUGAGAAAAUGACUGCGAAAGAUUGGGACAUGUGCUCCUGGGGCUUCAAAUUCGAGCAGUACUUGACCUGUGAUCAUCCGCAGUCUAAGCCAGUGACCGAUGUGCCGGUCAACGAGUGUGAAGAGUUCAUGGCCAUGUUCAGCAGCCAGUUGAGCGGAAUCGACUUGCUAUACGGGGCCGAAAUGGACUGUGUCGCCAGCCAAGUUCCAGUUGACUUUAAGGAUCCCAACGUUCUGGACUCCCUCAAGUUUGUGGAGCUGAAGACCAGCGCCAUCGACAAAACUGGUGGUCAAAAACGCUCCUUCGACAACUUCAAAUCGGCAAAUUGGUGGAGCCAAUCGUUCCUCGUGAACAUUGAAACUAUUUUCGCCGGCUUGCGGGAUCACAGGGGAAUGGUGCAUGACAUCCAGGAGUAUAAUGUAAGCCAGUUAGCACGCAACAAGCCGUGGAGUCCAUCGGCAAUGACCUUGUUUCUGGUGCAGUUCCUCAACCAGCUGAUGGGUCUACUGCAGGCAAUCAAUGAUCCACAUGCCGUGAUUCAGGUGGAUUUUAAUACAAACUUUAAGGUUGCAAGCUACAAAGUAUUGAGAGGCGAGAAGGAUCAGAUUCUGCCCGACUGGUAUCGCGAUAUCCUCAAGGCGGGAUAAUAAAUCUUGACAAAACGA